AUAUGUGCUCAUGUGAUUAUAUAUUACAUAAUUUGGACUGAUGUAAGAUUUUUUUGGGCAUCAACAAUAAAAUUAUAUAGAACUUCCUAAUGCAUUGAAACAUUUUCUUCUUUUUCUCUUAUUUUACUUUAUCUACCAUUUUCCAUUGAAAUCGGGUUCCCUUAAUAACUUUAGUGAAACCCGUGAUGAACUGCCAUUCGCCUUCAACAAGAUGCAUGAAUUAUCCACAGUUGAUGGUUUUGUGGAGGUAACUGAAAGCUUGGCAGAGAUGAUAAAAUACGUGGCCAAUGAGCCCUCGGUGGGACUUUUCUACGUCCAACAACAUACCCAAAAUGCAGUGCCAAACCUUAUUAACCUCAAGAACAAUGUCAUGGAGAAGUCUUGGGGGUUGACUUUGCACACAAAAGAUCUGGAAGAUUCUAUCGCAAUGGUGAGGUCUAUGAAAGACUGCGGCUUCCCUAUAGCUGAUGAGAUGAUUGGAGACAUCAAGAAAUCUCUAGCAAUCAUGGGCAACAGGUAUGUUAAGGACAUGCAUUCCAUCUACACAAGUAACUCCAACUUAAACAGGCUCUGUGAUGAGGUAACAACGAAGAUCCCAAUCAAACUCUUGAUCCAUUUUUCGAUGGACAUUGCAUUUGUUGAUAUUGCACAAGCAUAACAACCUUCUAGU